UCGGAAGUUUUACAUAGCUCAGUGGUUCCGUGAUACAACCAUGGAGACAGAGAAAGCCAUUAAGUCUCAGAAGGACGAGGACUCGUCCGAAGGAAGUCACCAUGCAAAAGAUGUUGAGACUACAGGACAAAUCAUGCACAGAGCAGAAAGUCGCAAAAAAUUUCUCCGCAGCAUCAUUAAAACUGCUCCAUCUCAGUUCAGUACAUUAAAGAUGAAUUCUGACACUGUGGACUAUGAAGAUGCGUGCUUGAUUGUUCGCUACUUGGCCUCUAUGAGGCCGUUUGCCCAGAGCUUCGAUAUUUAUUUGACACAGGUAAACUGUGCCAGAAGUCUUAGUACAGUGAAACACAGUUGGUUUCUCAUUCCAAACACUUAUGGGGUAGUGUGAAAUAUCUGUUCGUUGUUGAGCACAGGUAUCUAACAGGCCAUAAUAACACCACAUGCUUUCAUAUUCUGUAUUGAUGA